GUCGGUAACGAAUUAGGAACCAUUCCUCCGAUCGAAGAAAAUGAACGAUCGAAACCGAAUCUUGAAACGGUCACGGAAAAUGCUAGACGUGUUAAGGAAACACUUAAAGCCCUUAAAGCUAAAGAACUUAUUAAGGCAAACCGAGAAAAGAUCGAAAGCUAUAAUAAAGAAAAUAUAUCGUCUCGAUCACGAAACACCUACGAUUCCUUAUCGGAAGGCGAAUAUAGCUAG